AAGCUCCGUGAUUAUAGGUUCACGAUCAGUGUAUAUAUAGGUGCCAUAGAUUGCUGCUUUCUCUGCCCGUAUUACUCUCAAUUCCCAAGUCCCAACAACUCCAAUCCUCGGCAAGGUGCUCACGAAGCUGUCGGCGUGAUGGAGGCGGCUGUCGGCGCGGCGAGCUCGCUCCUCGGGAAGGUGCUCACGAAGCUGUCUGAGGACCUGGUGGCCGCGUAUGUUGACAGCCUCGAGCUCGGCCACAAUUCCCAGCAAAUCAAAACUAGGCUGCUGCACACACAAGGGCUGCUGCAAGUGGCCGAGGGGAGGGACGUGAGCAACGUCACUGCCCUGCAGGCCUUGUUGGAGGAGCUGAGCAAGAAGGCCGAUGAGGCGGAGGACGCGCUGCAUGAGCUCCACUACUUCAAGAUCCAGGACCAGCUUGACGGCACCCACUAUGCGGUGCCGGAUCUGGGCGAUGGCCUCCGUGGCCAUGCUCGCCAUGGUCUCCAUGCUCUUCGCUACACUAUCGGUAACUGGUUUCCAUGCUUUUCUUGCUCUCGUACGCAAGAUGAUGCUUCUGCUCCUACUCCUGUUGCCAAUAGCCUACACUACACAACCAACUCUGCUACUGCUAGUGCUGAUGAUGGUGGCCAUGUCGAUAAGUUACAUUUCAACAGAGUGGCCAUGUCCAGCAAAAUCAAGUCAGUAAUAAAUGACAUACACUCCCUAAGUGACCCCGUCUCUGAUUUGCUCAGCAAAAUUCCAAGCAACAGCACAGCUGUCACCUUAAAACGGCCUCACAUAGGAUCAACAAUUAUACAGGAUACAUUGCAUGGGAGGAGAGACAUUUUUGAGAAAAUUGUUGAUGAUAUCACAAGUGGCACACAUCACGGUAAAACCGUUUCUGUUCUUCCUAUAGUUGGCCCGGGGGGUAUUGGAAAGACAACUUUCACCCAACACCUGUACAAUGAUAGUAGGCCUGAAGAGCACUUCACUGUUAUGGUUUGGGUAUGUGUAUCAACUGAUUUUGAUGUGUUGAAGCUCACCCAACAGAUCCAUAACUGCAUACCUGCAACUGAAAGCGAAACUGCAAUUGAAACAACCAAUCUAGAUCGGCUUCAGAAAUCCAUUGCACAGAGACUCAAGUCCAAAAGAUUUUUAGUUGUCUUGGAUGAUAUAUGGAAAUGCAAUAGUGAUGACGAGUGGAAAACCUUGCUAGCUCCGUUCACAAAGGGGGAAGCCAAAGGCAGCAUGAUACUUGUCACAACUCGAUUCCCCAAAAUAGCAGGAAUGAUGAAAACUGUUGAUCCAGUAGAACUUCAAGGCUUGGAGUCUAAUGACUUCUUCACAUUCUUUGAAGCAUGUAUAUUUGGUGAACAUAAACCUAGGGAUUAUGAAGAUGAGUUAGAUGGUAUUGCAAGAGAAAUUGCAAGCAAGUUAAAGGGCUCCCCACUAGCAGCCAAAACAGUUGGUCAACUAUUGAAGAAAAAUCUUUCCUGGGAACAUUGGAAUGAAGUUCUUCACAAUCGCGAGUGGCGAAACCAGAAAAGUGAUAAUGAUAUUAUACCAUCUUUGAAAAUUAGCUACUAUUAUCUCCCUUUCUAUAUGAAAAAAUGCUUCUCAUAUUGUGCCCUUUUUCCUGAAGAUUAUAGGUUUAGCAAUUCCGAAAUUAAUCAUUUUUGUAUUGCAAUAGGCAUCAUAGACUCUAGCUACCCAAGAGAUAAGAAUUACAUGGAAGGUCUAGUGGAAAAUGGUUUUCUCAUGAAGGGGGUUUACGAAAAAUCACCUUUUGAUGAAUACUAUGUAAUGCAUGAUUUAAUGCAUGAGCUAUCUCGGAGUGUCUCUGCACAAGAAUGCCUCAAUAUAAGUGAUCUAGAUUUUAGAGCCGAGGCCAUCCCACAAUCUAUUCGGCACAUAUCCAUCACCAUAGAGAAUAGAUAUGAUGAAAAAUUUAGGGAAGAAAUGGGUAAACUGAAGGGAAGGAUAGACACUGUAAAUCUACGGACAUUGAUGGUUUUUAGAGAAUAUGAAGAAAGAACCACUGAGAUCUUAAAAGAUACGUUUAAGGAAACAAAUGGCCUGCGUGUCCUAUUUACAGCAGUGGAGUCCCUUGAAUCUCUGCCACAAAGCUUUUCAAAACUUAUCCACCUCCAGUACCUCCAAAUUAGAUCACCCUACGAAACAGAAAUGGCUUUACCUAGCGCACUAUCCAGAUUUUAUCAUUUGAAAUUCUUGGACCUAAGUAGGUGGUAUGGCAGUUCUAAUUUGCCUAAAGACAUUAGCCGCCUUGUGAAUUUACGCGAUCUCCUCGCUGAAAAAGAACUCCACUCCAAUGUUCCAGAGGUUGGAAAGAUGAAGUAUUUACAUGAGCUAAAAGAAUUCCAUGUUAAGAAAGAAAGUGUUGGAUUUGAUUUGAGAGAGUUGGGGGAAUUGAGAGAGCUUGGGGGGACACUCAGUAUACAUAAUCUUGAAAAUGUGGCAACCAAGGACGAGGCUAGUGGCGCCAAAUUGAUGUUGAAAAUGGAUUUGAAAGAGUUGACAUUAGUUUGGGACGGAGAGUUGCCGAGUGAUAUAGAUGCUCAUAUUCUUGAUGCUCUUCAACCACACUCUAACCUUACAGCACUUGGCAUUAUAAAUCAUGGUGGUACCACUUAUCCUAGUUGGUUGUGUCCUGAGAUAUUGGUGAAAAAUUUAGAGACUCUCCAUUUACACGGCGUGUCUUGGGGAGCUCUUCCACCUUUUGGGCAGCUACCAUAUCUCAGGGAACUCAGCUUGAAGAGCAUUUCUGGAGUGGUUCAGAUUGGUCCGGACUAUGGUGGUGUUACAGGCAAAUGUCUUAUGCAGUUGAAGAAUGUUGUGUUCCAUGACUUGUCAGAACUUGUUGAGUGGGUUGUGGAACCUAAUUGCCAUAUGUUUCCAAGUCUUGAAAGCAUCGAUUGCAGUAAUUGUCCCAAUCUAUGCGUGGUGCCCUUCUCGGAGUGCUCCUGUACCAGUUUGUGCAGGCUUCGCAUUGAUGAUUGCCCCAAGUUGUGUCUGCCCCCCAUGCCUCACACCUCCACACUAACAGAUAUUGCUGUUGAAAAUGGUUCAGAAAGGUUGUUUUCCUAUGGAAAAAAUUUGGUUGUUGCCGGUGCUUUGGCCUUCCACAAUCUGGGUGAAGUUGAGAGUCUCAGUAUAGAUGUAUGUCAUCUUACUGGAAAUUUUUUGUCAAAGGUGUUCAGUAGUUUCCCGACUCUUGCUGAAUUGGAGAUAAGGUUUUCAUCUGAAAAUUCUGAAGACGAUGAGGAACGAGUAAUACAGUUCCCAUCAUCUAGCUCACUGCAGACACUUAGCUUCUGGAUGUCGAAUGGCUUGGUUCUUCUGCCUGCCGAGGAUGGAGGAGGAAUCCAGGACAUCACGUCGCUACAAUCAUUAAAAAUAAUGUAUUGCAACAAUUUGUUCUCUCGGUGGCCCAUGGGAAAAGCAGGAGGAGCUCCCAUGACCAACCCUUUCCCUGCUUCCCUCAGGAAACUUCAUAUUGAGGGAGAGUCAGGCAUGCGGUCAAUGGCUCUGCUCUCAAACCUCACCUCUCUCACACAUCUAAGGCUAAUAGGCUGCGAGAAUUUGAUGGUGGAUGGGUUCAAUCCUCUUAUCACAGUCAACCUCAAGGAAUUGGAGGUCCGGAACAACUUGUUCCAGACCAAAUCUGUAGCAGCGGAUCUGCUCUCAGAGGUGGCAAGGACCAAAUCAAUGCAUGCGGGUUCCUUACAAUUGAGGAAGCUGGAGGUGGAUAGCAUCUCGGCGGUGUUUGUUGCUCCCAUUUGCAGCCACCUCUCCGCUACCCUCCACGAACUGCAAUUCCAUGAUGAUAAGCGGGCAAAAAGCUUCACGGAAGAGCAAGAGCAUGCGCUUCAGCUCCUUACCUCCCUCCAGACACUAGGAUUUAAUCAUUGCAAGGUUCGGCAGUCCCUCCCUCAGGGAUUACAUCACCUUUCUUCUCUCAAAGAAUUAGAAGUCAGCAGUUGUCCUGAACUCCCAUGGCUGCCAGAGCAGGGCUUCCCCACUUCGCUGCAAGUUCUACGUCUAUGGUUUGGCAGUGCAGAGCAAAAACAGCAAGCUGAGAAAUUUAAAAAAACAUACCCAAGUUUACGAGUAGAUUGUGCUUUUUAGCCCAAGGCUAGCAGAGCAGGCUCCACUGUUGCAAUAUGUACAUAGCUUCUGAAAUCUGACAGGCUGCCAGGCACACGCCAAUCCGCCAGAGGUGUGGCAGGUUUUGUCCCACACUUGCCUUUGUUCUGCUUUCAUCUGCCAGCUGCGUGGUAAAUAUGAAGACUAAGGCGACUCCUGAUAGACCUAUAGAUGAAUGUCUAUUUUAUUUAACAGAAUUUCAACAGGACAUGAAACACGAGACAUCACAUAUCGAUUCUGCAAAUUGGCCUCCAGUUCUGCUUUUAUGGAAUUAUUAAUCCUGUGUGUGCUUGCCAAUUUCGAUAGAGAAGUGUCAACAAAAAAGGGCAACCUGGUGCAUGUAGCUCCCGCUUGCGCAGGGUCCAGGGAAGGGUCCGACCACUUUGGGUCUAUAGUACGCAGCCUUUCCCUACAUUUCUGUAAGAGGCUGUUUCCAGGGCUGUCAGGUGUCAACAAAAUGAAGAAAACCACUUUUUGAAUUAAAUGACAAUAUGAAGUGAAGGUGUUUCAGACGAUCCAGUCUUAUUUCCCCGGUCCCUGCGAAGGAUCAACCAUCUGAGCAUUCUGAAGCUUAGAAUGGCAUCAUGUUCAAUGUCCAGGCUGCUGGGUAGUUUGCCAGAAUAAUUUGCAACAAUCGCUGGUACGUAAUUGUCCAGUGUUUCUGUAUUUACACAUACAGCCACCCUAUAAUUCUUAUGCAACUUCUAAGCUGAGGUUGCACUGGCAUCCUUCAGUGUUCUAGAACAAAUACAAACAACAGUGAAUUUCACAGUUGGCAAUUACAUCCGAAUAAUAACAGUAAAUGAAGCAUUUGUCCUGAUAUUCUGAGUGAGCCAAGCCUCGGAGUCCUGCAGUGACCAUUUAAAAGUCCUGUGUUUAAGACAGCCUCUUGGCAGAAAGAAGCAAGGGAAAGGCAUCUAGAAGUUACCUUCCCCAGGCACCACAACGUGUGGGAGCUUCUGGCAGUGGGUACACCCUCACUGGAGCUCAAAAGCGACGAUGGGUUAUGCGUCAGAAGUGGUGUUUCUCUCAAUUUGCUCCCAGUUGACGAACCCAUACCCCAAGGAUGUUUUCAAGUUCAGCUUCUGGGCGAAGGUGUAGCACCAAGAUGGGAUCUGAUGGAAAUGGACCGCCAACGGUUGCUACUCCGCGUCGAGCCCCCACUUCAUUCAGUUUGUUGGCAGAACUAAGCCCUGUCUUCCUUGAGCUGAUCUGGCAUGUCACAGCAAAUGUGCAUGAUUUAAGCUCUUGAGCCAAAACUUAUGCAAUUUCCAUACAAGCGGCCCGAGAAUUAGUUACUGCCAAGACUCGGCAAGUUUGCUCCAUCCACGGCUUGUGUCUCACAAAUUAAUCCUAUGUUUUUUUAGCCGUCCUCAAGCCUAACUAAUAUGUAUAUCUAGUAUAAGUAUCCCCACAGCCACAUGUUCCUUGUGAAGGUGAAUGAGAAUUCUGAAUUUCAGUU